AUGCUCCUCCCCACCUCAUUGGCCUCCUCUCACCACCUCUCUCCUCUCACCACCUCUCUCCUCUCACCACCUCUCUCCUCUCUCCCGCCUUCUCCCUCCGCUCUUCCCUCACACCCCAUCUCCCCUCAAUCUCUUACUCCUCCCCUCCAGCUGAUGUCCCCCCUCACCAGUGCUGAACUCAACCCUCAACCCCCCUCACCCCUCGCUCACCUCCCCCUCGCCCCUCCCCUUCCCUCAACCUCCCACUCCUCACCAGUGCUGAACUCAACCCUCAACCCCCCUCACCCCUCGCUCACCUUCCCCUCGCCCCUCCCCUCCCCUCAACCUCCCACUCCUCACCUCCUGCUCGUGAACGCUCCUCUCCUGCUGCAUGCCACCCCUCGCCAACGAAAAGUCUGCAGGGAGUGA